UUCAUGUGGUCAGUAUGAAACUGUUCAUCGACCAGCGCAUUGUGGCGACAGAGCACUUCACGGCGGAUGCAGGCGAUUCGCUUGCCGCGGGAGAUCGACCCGUCCGCAGCCACCCCCAGUCACGUGCCCCAGACGGUCGGUGGCCGCGGAGCGAUGCUUAGUGAGAGCUGCUGCUGCGAUAACUCGACGGCGCCAGCUAUGCAGAUAGUCUGAUCUACCCUUCUCUACCACCGCUCAGCAUGGACCACGUAUCUAGGGCAAUUCAGCAGCCCCGAGCGGUGGUCACUCGCCUCCAGCGUUACUGCUUUCGCCGCAAUUACCAUCUACGACCCUCCUCUUCUCGCGUUAUCCCUCCCUCCUCCCACCGCCUCGGACCUCGUGCUGCGGCGACCACUUUCAACACCUACACCUCCAACCUCCCCAACACCACCCCUUCAUAUCGGAUAGCUUUGCGCCGCCACGCCUCGACGAUGGCGGACCCACAGUUUGCAGAGGGGACCAACCCCGAACAGGCGCGCCAGGGAUUGCAGACGCUGCAGGAACAGGGAUGGGUGCUGGAUGAGGAUGGACAGGGCGUGAAGAAGACCUUCUAUUUCAAGUCGUACUUCAAGGCGGUGAGCUUUGUCAACGUGGUCGCAUCGCAGAGUUCGACCAAGAAGCACCAUCCUACCAUGACUGUGAGAAUCGGAUCGGUCGAUAUCCACUGGACUACCCACCACCCUCGGGGCUUAAGUGAGAAGGACUUGGAAAUGGCGCAGCAUUGCGACGAGGCAGCGGAGCUGAUGGGGUCGGUGGAACAAGGACAGGGGAAAAAGUGCGCUCCGGGUCGAGACUAAUCCCAAUCCCAUUGUUGGAUGGGAAUGGGGGAAUUGUGUGGCGUAAGGAGCUGAGGGGAGAUUCAUGUUAAUAUUGAGUGUGAUUGAUUGGUAUUGAUUAGUGACUUGCCAGCGGAAUAUUCCCAUGAUAGCCAAAUUGAUUAAAAUGAUUGAUUAUCA